AUGAGCUCCGACGGGCAGCCCCAGAAACGCACCACCACCUACCUCAUCUCCCUCACCCUGGUCAAGGUGGAGGCUGUGGGGGAUGAGGGCGAGGAGGGGGAGGCCACAGAGCUGCUACUGGAACAACAGAGACAUGAGGAGAAACAGAGACAUGAGGAGGUGCAGAGAGUCCCGGAGAAAGAGGAGCAGAGUCUGAGCUCCAAAGCUCUGGUGGAAAAACCCAGUCCACGAACAGAGGAGCUGCCACAGCUGCCACAAGUCCACAAAGUACAGACUCCAGUGCAACCCCCCAGACAUGGAAGCCCAGCAGAACUCACCAAAGGGAGGAUGGAGAAGAGAGAAAGCCCUGUCCCUCAGAAGGACCUCCCCGCCUUCCCCAAGAGCAAAGACACCUCCUUCGUCCACCCUCCCGUGCGCCAGAUGGUCAAAGUCUACGGCAGUGCAUCAGAUGCCCUCCCCAUUCACCGCGAGGGCCCCAGAUCCGACGCCAUCCGCCCCAAAACCGAACUGUACCGAGAACCACCCAUGCUUUACCUCAAGGGGGAAAAUGGAGCCGAACUCAACAGCCGAACCCGAUCCAGCCUUCCAUUUUCUAUCUCGUCCCAGGUCAGCCCGCGCCCGGAGGUCCUCAUGCGGCCUCAAGGGGGCGCUAACUCAGCCUGGAGGGACCUGCGGGACCCAAACCAGUAUCACACGGCGAAGACUUUGGACAGAAGGGAGAACCGCAUGGGGGACCAGUCUCCGCUGAUGCCAGGGACCACUCUGGGGCCUUACAGAGCGUCAUGGGCGGACAGUGAAGGGAGGGGCACGCUGAUCCGACCUGGAGCACCCAUGAGCGGAGGAUAUUCUGGAAUUAUGGCCAGAGAAAGUCCACAAGGAGAAAGGUACAAGGCCGUUUCCGUGGUGUUACCCGAUACUACCACAAGGGGCGCCAGGAAAGGAACCAGCCGCACCUUGGACAACAGCGAUCUGCCCAUGUUUACCGAGGACGUGAAGAGAGGGAAGGAUGGGACGGUGCAGAGAGCACCCCCUAGAGACAGGAAGAUGCUCAAGUUCAUAAGUGGGAUAUUUACGAAAAGCACGCCCUCUGCUGCCCCACCGCUGUAUCCGCCAGUGGAGAGGGGCUCCAGCGAGGAAGAGGCUGCCUGCACCAGUAGUCAAGAAUGGACCAUGGCCCCCGCUGUGCUGCCUUUGCAAGAACUCCACCUGGGGGUUUUGGGGAGUUUGUGCAGCGGUAAAACGGCUCUGGUUCAUCGACACAUGACGGGGAGUUACCUGCCCGUGGAGAACGCUGAAGGGCGUCAGUACAUUAAAGACGUGCAGGUGGACGGACAGAGUCAUGUUCUAAUCAUCAGAGAAGAGACAGAACUGCCAGGACCUCAGUUUGCCAGUUGGGUGGACGCGGUGAUCCUGGUCUUCAGUUUGGAAAAUGAAUCCAGUUUUCAAGACGUUUACAAAUUCUACCACCAGCUCGCUCUGCACAGGCCCAUCAGCGAGAUCGCGUUUGUGGUGGUGGGCACUCAGGAUAAAAUCAGCAGCACUAACCCCAGAGUGAUCGAUGAUGUGAAGGCCAGGCAGCUGUGCUCUGAUGUGAGGAGGUGCACGUACUAUGAGACCUGCGCCACCUAUGGGCUCAACGUCAACAGAGUCUUCAACGACGCCGCUCAGAAGAUCAUGGCGGCGAAGAAGCAGGCGGCUCUUUUGGCAGCGACGUGUAAAUCUCUGCCCAACUCCCCCACUCACUCUGGAGGCUCCACCCCGGUGUCAGGAGGCUUCCCCGGGCAGGCGAGUAAUGGAGGCCAGAGCAGUGACUACUCGUCGUCUCUUCCGUCCACUCCGGUCAUCAGUCACAAAGACAUCGGUAAAAGUGUCAAAGCCGACACGCCCGGCUCCAUCCGCAGCGCCACCCGCAGGAGGACGCCCAGAUUUGCAGGUCGCAGAGGCAGUGACUCGAACAGGCGCAGCGCUGACAGCAGUCUGGGCAGUGGGCGGUGUAUCCCCAUAAAGCAGGGCAUUUUACUCAAACGCAGCGGGAACUCUCUGAACAAAGAGUGGAAGAAGAAAUAUGUGACUCUCACCAGCGAUGGGAUCCUGUCGUACCACGCCAGCGUCAAUGAUUACAUGCUGAACGCUCCGGGGAAAGAGAUGGACCUCCUGCGCGUCACUGUGAAAGUCCCCGGGAAACGCCCUCCUCGAGCCGUACCCCAGUCCGUGCCCGGGUCUGUGCCGGGGUCCGGACCUGGGGCCGUGCCGGGGUCUGUGCCCGGGUCUGGACCAGGGUCUGGACCAGGACCAGGACUCAACGGAAAGGCCAAGGAUCCACAGGGGCCGGAUGGGCUCGGUCUAGUACCGCUGACGGCCAGUAGUCUGCUGCAGAUGGAGGAGAUGGAGCUGGGCAGCGCUCUGUUUCUGAGGAACAGUCGAGGGGUCCAGAGGUGUGGCUCCAACGUGUCCAACCACGCCCACAGCGUCGACUCUGCUGUUGAAGGUGUGUCCAGCUCCUCCUCCACAAAAGACAUGGGCUCAGGCUCUCCUCUGACCGACCGCAAGAAACAUCGAAGGAAGAAGAGCGUCAACCAGAAGGGAGACGCCAUUGGACAGGCUGACGCUAAGCGAAAAAUGUGGAAACUCAAGAGCUUCGGCAGCUUAAGGAACGUCAGUAAGACAGAUGAGGAUAACUUUGACUUCCUGGUGGUGUCCAGUACGGGUCAGACGUGGCACUUUGAGGCUCAGAGUGUGGAGGAGAGGGACUCGUGGGUCCAGGCCAUCGAGAGUCAGAUCCUGGCCAGUCUGCAGCUGUGUGAGAGCAGCAAGAACAAGGAUCGCAGGAACAGUCAGAGCGAUGCUGUGGUUCUUCAGGCCAUUCGAAACGCCAAAGGAAACAACUUCUGUGUGGACUGUGACGCUCCCAACCCGACGUGGGCCAGUCUGAACCUGGGGGCCCUGCUGUGCAUCGAGUGCUCUGGGAUCCACAGGAACCUGGGGACCCACGUGUCUAGGGUGCGGUCCCUGGACCUGGACGACCUGCCACGGGAGCUAACCCUGGUCCUGAGCGCCAUCGGCAACCACCUGGUCAACAGCAUCUGGGAGGCGCGCACCCACGGGCACCGCAAACCCACGCCCGACGCUACCAGGGAGGAGAGGGAGUCGUGGAUUCGCGCCAAAUACGAGCAGAAGCUGUUUGUGGCCCCCCUGCCUCCGCCCACCCCGGGAGAGGGCCCCGACAUCACUCUGGCGGGGCGCCUCCUACUGGCCGUGAUGGAGCACAACCUGCCCAAGCUGCUGCUGCUGCUGGCCCACUGCAGCAAAGAGGACAUGAGCGCCCCCUUGAGCAUGGCGCUGUCGUCACGGGCGCUGCUGGCUCUGCGUCUGCCCGCCUCCGCCCUCCACGCAGCCUGCCAACACGGGGAUGUGGUGAUGACGCAGCUCCUCCUAUGGUACGGCUGUGACGUUCGGUACCGGGACUCGCAGGGUCAGACGGCGCUGGCGGUGGCUCGCGGCGUCGGGAGCCAGGAGUGCGUCGACAUCCUGCUCCAGCACGGCUGCCCCAACGACGCUCCGCUCUCCUCCGUCUCCUCGCCCCUCUCCUCCAUCUCCUCGCCCCUCUCCUCCAUCUCCUCGCCCCUCUCCUCCUCCGCCGUGGGCUUCACUUCCAGCCAGCCCCCCGCCUUCCCCGCCACCCCCGGCCUCACUGUGGCGACCACGCUCAAAAUCACCACACACAAGACUGCGGGCGGAGGGACCAGCCUCAGCUACAGCACGUCGCGGAGAGCUGUGUCGUAA